GUGUCAGACCUCGCCUUCACCAAAACUAGGGUUUUACAUCGUCGGCGCAUCGUCUCCAAAACUCUAGAUUUUCCGCAGAGAGAGAAGAGGGACAGAAGAUGGGUCACUCCAACAUCUGGAAUUCGCACCCCAAGAACUACGGCCCUGGCUCACGCACUUGCCGGGUUUGCGGAAACCCCCAUGGAAUCAUUCGCAAGUACGGUCUCAUGUGUUGCAGGCAGUGCUUCCGCAGCAACGCCAAGGAGAUUGGCUUCAUCAAGUACCGUUAAUGCUUGGACAUUGAGGUCUUGAAGCGAGGGCAUGGAAACUGAAUGGAUUUUUAAAAUUUUGUUUUAGCUGUUGAAUUUCUUUCAGACAUUAUGUUGCUAUGUUAACUUUGUUACUUAUCACUUUUGAUAAUUGAUAGUACUACUUUCAGUCUUUGUUAUCUUA